AGAAUGGACUAUAGGGGUUUUUGUCCAUUAUAAAACGGUUAUAUAGCACCCUAGUCUCUGCUCUCUCAACCCUUCGUCUCCGUACUCUCCGUCCUCAAGGUCUCUCCAUAAAUUCACAGAACCGCUUUUUCAACCAUCAAAAUAAUCUCUCUCCCUCUCUCUCUCCUCAUGAACGACAAUAAUGGCUUCGUGGUUGGAGACCACGACCGCCACUCCCAGUCCCACCACAGCCACUCUCCGACCUCCAUAUCUCAAAAACUCCAUUCUUCCAUCUCCAACAUGUCAUGUUGCUUCGGCCCAAACAAACACCACAAUCACCACCACCACCACCACCACCACCACCAGGCCAUCAGCCCCAUCCACGUUAGCAAGUCUCGGCUUCUCGGCCGGAGCUCCUCCGCCUGGAUGAAGUCCCGGUCUCAUGUUCAUGAUCAUGACGACUAUGUCCAUGGCGGCCACCUCCCUGAACUCAAGGGAAAGUGUCGAAACCUCAUCUCACGUAUCAGCCGCGGCUGCCACCGCCGCCACCAUUCCGCGGAUUUCCACUACGAUGCUCUCAGUUAUUCUCGCAACUUCGACGACGAUGAAACCGACGACACUGACGAUGCGUUCCCCUUUAGAAGCUUCUCGUCGAGGUUGCCACAAUCUCCGCCGCCUGCCAAAGAAGACGACGAUGAGAAAGACCGAGUCGAAGAUGAAGAAGAAGAAGAAACAGAACCCAGUUCCACGCCGUCCUCGGCGGCGGAGAUGAUAAUUGCUUGUAGAUGAGAUGAUUAAUUAAUUAAUUAGGUUUGUUUUAUUUUUAGUUAAGAGAUGACGUGGCAGUCGGAUAUUUGUGGCCUUCUGUGGAGAUUUUGUUUUGCAUGGGGGAAUGAGUGUAAAUACGACGCCGUAAUUAAAUUAGCAGCUGCCGUUUUUCUGGCUAGAAAUAUAACAGCAAGGCCUAAUCUCUGAUUUUUGUCCAAAUAACUUUCUUCUUUUUUUUUUCUUUCAUAAGAACAAAUAAUUGUAACCA